AUGGCAGUUAGUAAAAUGUGUGGAGAGUUUACUACUUUGUGGAAGCUUUUUCCCGAUGGAUUAAAAGAUUCUGGAGAAUAUCAUUUUACAAAUAGUUUAUUUAAGAAUUACUGCCCUGAUGGAAACUGCAAUAACGAUAUCGAUAAAAUUAAUGCUGGCUGUUUACGGUUAUUUAAUGAUUUGUUCGGUAAAUCUGGUUUUUCAAUUGAUUCCAAUGCUCUUAAGAAUGAUGCUGUAUGUAUUAUGAUAUGGCUAGGUUAUAUUUUAAGCCUAAAGUCACAUCCUGGAAUCAAUACAUUAAACGAUUUUUAUUCUAGCCAUAUCCAAAAUAACACGAAAUACACUGAACAUAAAAUUGAUGAUCAAAAAUAUAACAAUUAUAAGAAUAUAAUAGAUGAAAUAAAGGAAUAUAUGGAUAUUAAUAUUAGUCAUAUGGCUAAAUUUUAUGAAUUACUUAAAUUGUUAUGUAGUAUGAAUACUGCUUAUACGAAUAAAAAUAGUAACCAAGCUUCAGAACAAGCUAAGAAAUUUGCUGAUGAAUAUACAGAACUGUUUAAUGAUAAUGAUAAUAUUGACGGCAGUUCAUACAGUAAAGUAUUAGAUGUUUUAUCUAAAUAUUAUAAUAACUUUGAAAAUGGAAGAACUAUUAAAUAUAUAACAAUAAAUCUUACUUCAUUACCAACACAAAAAACACCCCAAAAAGGUAAUCCAGAAGGUCCUGAAGUAACUAAAAUAACUGAACCAUCGAGUGAAACAGAUAAAUUAGAUACUGAAACUAUAAUUCAGGGUUAUGACACUACAUUAUCAGACUCAUCACUAGUUAAUAAAUUAGUUAUAGUUUUGCCGAUAUUAGCUGCAAUACCAAUUUGUUUGGGAAUUGCUUAUAAGUAUUCGUUAUUUGGAUUUCGGAAACGAUCAAAAAAACAACAUUUAAGAGAAAAACUAAAAAAAUAA